AUGGUUUUAAUACGGUUUAGUCAUCACCACACACACAUAAAUCGCUUCUUGCAGAUACCGGAGACAUUCUUCACCAUACAGAAAACCGAUGCCGACUGGGAAAAUUACGCCGAGCGCACGCCACUUGCUAGCAAAGGCUCGAAAGAUGGUUCUUUCUGGCCAAGAGGUCGAACACUCGGCGGAUGUGGGGCCAUCAAUGCGAUGCUGUACGUGCGCGGCAACUCGCGCGAUUACGAUGAUUGGGCAGAGCUCGGCAAUCCAAACUGGGGCUGGAGCGACGUUCUGCCUUACUUCAAGAAAAGUGAAGACAACCACGACCCAGAGCUGUUGCGUCGCGAUGGUGGCAAAUAUCACGCCAGCGGUGGUUACCUCAAAGUUGGCAACUUCCCGGUGAAUCACCCACUGUCGGAAGUAAUGCUGGAUGCGUUCAAAGACGCUGGGUUUGAGAGCAACGCCGACAACAACGGCGAACGUCAGGUUGGGUUUGGUCGGGCACAGGGUACCAUCAUCAACGGCACCCGUUGUAGCCCGGCGAAGGCUUUCCUGGUGCCGGUGAAGGAUCGUCCAAAUUUGCACGUCAUUAAACACGCCGUCGUCGUCACGGUGGAGCGCGAUCCUUCGACGGAACGCUUCAAGUACGUGAACUUUAUGAUCGAUAACAAGGUGCUGAAGGUGGCGCAUGCCCGCAAGGAGAUUAUCCUAGCAGCAGGCGCGAUCAAUACGCCCCAUAUUUUGCAACGGUCCGGCAUUGGUCCGAGUGCGCUGCUAAACAAGGUGAACAUUCCAUUGGUAGCCGAUCUACCGGUAGGAGAAAAUCUACAGGACCAUCUGUUCGUGCCACUUCUGUUCAAGUUCCACAAAUCUACUGCUGAAAACUACAACAUUCAGCAGGAAAUGGCCAAAAAUCUAUUCCAGUACAUUAUGACACGUACGGGACCGAUGGCUGGCCAUGGUGUGACGAGUGUGAUCGGAUUCGUCAACACGCUCGACACUGCCAGCCCGUUCGCGGACAUUGAGUAUCAUUUCUUCCAGUUCGAAAAGGGCUCCGGAAAGUCGGUUCUGUUUUGCAACAAGGUUGGUUACAGCGAGGAGAUCUCGCAGUCCAUGCUGGAGGCUGCUACGGAGGCCGAUGUGGUGAUGGCCAUCGUGGUGCUGCUAAAUCCGAAAUCGAAAGGACGCGUCACGCUUGCCACCGAAAGCUUUAGCGAGUUUAACCCUCCGCGCAUCGAGAGCGGCUACCUCGAGGAACAGGAAGAUGUGGAGGCAGUCCUACGCGGCAUUCGCUAUAUCAAUAAGAUUGUCGAUACGCCAACUUUCGGCGAGCACGAGGGUGAACUCCAUAGAAUGAAGCUGUCGGAAUGUGACCAGCGGACGUACGACAGUGACGCUUACUGGGAGUGUUACGCGCGGCAAUUGACACUUACCCUGUACCAUCCGGUUGGCACGGCAAAGAUGGGCCCGGACAGUGACAAAGACGCCGUCGUGGACGCUAGGCUGCGCGUGAAGGGCACCAAAGGAUUGCGCGUGGUGGAUGGUAGCAUUAUGCCGAAGAUAGUGUCGGGAAAUACGAACGCUCCUAUUAUGAUGAUCGGCGAAAAGGCGUCCGACAUGAUUAAAGAAGACUGGGGCGAGGGACCAAAGCAUACUGAGCUUUAA